CUCCAACCUCACGCUCAAUAUGCCUGAUCCAGCGACCCUCCCCCAGGAGCUGAUCUUACAGAUCUUGUACUGUGUCCUCGGCGACAGACCCGACCAGUGGCCGCAUCGGCCGAUUCAAGUUCCCCCAGAGUGGUGCCUCGUCAAUCGAAAGUGGUACCGGGCUGUGACCCCGCUGCUCUACUCUUGCUUUGAAUUCAACGGCCACCCGGGCAAGAUCUACUCGUUAUGGGUAUUCUGGCUGACCAUUAUGGACCGUCCUGAUCUCGCCGUCCAUGUUCGACAUCUCCGACUACUCACUCAGUUCAAGGCUCCUCGACUCCCUGCAGACGCUGCUGGAAUGUACAGGGAAGCGGCACCACUUGCAAAGAAAAAACUAGCUGAAGCCGGCCUUGGAGAUGUGGGUGACCCCGAAGGUGACUUGAACAAGGGAAAUAACUUGCCUAUACUAGCCCUAAUUCUCCUGCAUUGUCCGCGACUUGUUUCUCUCGCACUCCACGUCGCAGUAGUCGACCCCUACCUGGAUGCGCUUCUCACCAGCGCUGUUAUUCGAAGCUGGCAAACUGACAAUGCGCCUCCGAGGUUGGCAUUCCAGUCCCUGCGAAGACUCCAUAUCGCGACCGACGAAGAAGCCUCCCCGAGCGAUGAUUCCCCGUCCUCCAUCGCUGUGGAGCUAACAGGUAAACGACGGCCAUUGUGUAUUGGAAAACGCAGGCCAUUUCUGCGUCUACCUAGCCUGCAGGAGCUGCGCCUGAUCGACGCAGAGGUAGAAUCUGAUUCGGACACUCCGUCAGGGGAUACCUCACUGACUGAACUCACGAUCGUCUUCAAUUCUCCCGUUGAGAAUUUACGGCCGGUGCUACAAUAUACUACCAAGCUAACCAAGCUUUCCUUGUCACUAGACACUGUCAACGAACAAUUCGACGUAUCAAUACACCACAAACUAUGGGAUGCCAUACUCCCUCUCCGGCGUCAACUCGAAUACCUGGAUCUAUUCGAGCCGCCAAAGCCGGUGCCCUGGAACAAGCAGCACGAGCUACCAAAGCCGUUCCUCCUAAACGGCCACCUCUCCUUUUGCUGCCCUCUAUACCGGUUCACGAAACUCCGCCAGCUCUGUAUCACACCACGACUCCUCUUAGGUAAUAACUGUGCCCACGCCGCAUCUAUAAAAUUUGUCAGCCACCUCCCACGAAGCCUAGAAUCAUUCGCACUAUACGGUCGCUCCUCCCAACGAAUCAUCGAGGGUAUCGAGUGUCUCAAGGACGAAAUAUCCGCAAUCCCAUUGAACAAACCACCCCUCCCACUCCGCUCCAUCGUUAUCGACUCUGCGAACCCCCCACGUCGGUUACAGCAUCUUUGGCGAGGUCAUGUCCCCAGCAAACACAUAGCAGACAUCUGUGUCAGAAGGCGGAUCAUGUGGCACUCUAAUGCUGACCUGCUUCUCCUCGAGGGUGGGCGCAAGACGUUCUUUGCAAUAGGGACGCAUAAUAAUAUCCCGUCUGGUCCGGACAAUACACUUGCGCGGUUGAAGAAGCGCCGCACAGCGGAUAUUGUUCCUAUGGGGUUGGAUGUGCAGGGGUACCGGGGGACGCUGAAUGAGGCGAGUUUUGACAAGUGGGCUAAGAGGGUAGGUGUUUGGGAGCCCGGCGAGGAUGGUCGUAUGUGGGGUCCUGCGCCGGAGUGGUAAGUAUAGGUAGCAGGGUUCGCACGAGGUAGGUCUAUAGAUACCGCUUAUUACAAAGCUGUUCGAUCAAAACCGGUAGGUAUAAUUACAAUUUACAAGGUAUUAGUAGGGCAAGCCGGUGCCCUGUCCCCAGGGUCAAUAUAUGGCUCCGC